AUGAAGAACUUUGUGUUGUUCAAAACUCUUCUGCUUUUCUGUCUCGUUGUCUCCUCCACCCACAUAGUUUCCGUGUCUUGUCUUAACUCAGACGGGUUAACUCUACUCUCACUUCUGAAGCAUUUGGAGAAAGUACCAAAAGAAGUAACGUCAACAUGGAAGCUAAACCCAUCUGAAGCCACUCCAUGUAAAUGGUUCGGUGUCACUUGUGACGAUUCCAAGAACGUUGCGUCUCUCAACUUCACCCGUUCUAACGUUACAGGCAAGUUAGGUCAAGAGAUUGGGGAGCUCAAAAGAUUGCAGAGAUUGGAUCUGAGUACUAAUAAAUUCUCCGGGACAAUACCUUCCAGUUUAGGAAACUGUACUCAACUCGUUUAUCUUGAUCUCUCUGAAAACGAGUUUACUAGUGAGAUCCCUGACACUCUUGGAAACUUGAGGAACGUGACAGAGCUCUAUCUUUACUCAAACUACCUCACUGGUGAGUUACCUGAGUCUAUUGGGAACUGUAGUAAGCUGAAGGAUUUGUAUUUGCACAAGAACAAGUUAACUGGCUCCUUGCCUGAAACUUUCAACAUGCUGAAGAAUCUCACUCACUUGUUUGUUGGUAACAACACCUUAACCGGGCCAAUUCGUCUCGGUUCAGUCCAUUGCAAGAACUUGCUGACUCUAGACUUGUCAUACAAUCAAUUCCAAGGCGGUGUUGCUCCUGAGUUAGCGAACUGCAGCAGCCUUGAAGUUUUAGCCAUCGUGAAAAGCAACUUGUCAGGUACUAUCCCUUCAUCACUAGGUAUGUUAAAGAAGCUUAGAGUCAUUAAUCUUUCAGAGAAUCAUCUCUCUGGGAGUAUCCCUUCUGAGCUAGGGAGCUGCAGUAGCUUGAAGUUGUUGAAACUCAACAAUAACCAGCUUGGAGGUGAGAUACCUAGUGAAUUAGGUAAGCUCAAGAAGCUAGAGAGUCUAGAGCUAUUCGAGAACCCGUUCUCGGGUGAGAUCCCUAUCGAUAUUUGGAAGAUUCAGAGUCUUGAACAGCUCCUGGUUUAUCAAAACAAUCUCACAGGUGAACUACCUGUGGAAAUGACUGAGCUGAAGCAUCUUAAGAUCAUUACCCUCUUCAACAAUAGCUUCUAUGGAGAGAUACCAUUUGGUUUAGGUGUGAACAGCAGCUUAGUAAAGAUUGAUUUCAUCAGUAACAAACUCACAGGAGAGAUACCACCGAAUCUUUGCCAUGGGAAGACGUUGAUAGUACUAAACUUGGGUUCUAAUCAGCUUCACGGUAAGAUACCAACAUCUAUUGGUCAAUGUAAGAGCCUCCAGAGAUUCAUACUUAGAGAGAACAACUUUUCAGGUCUUCUCCCUGAGUUUUCUCAAGAUCAUAGCCUUAUGUAUCUUGACUUCAACAGCAACAACUUUGAAGGACCAAUCCCUCAAAGCUUUGGAAGCUGUAGGAAUCUCUCUACCAUUAACCUGUCUCGAAACAAACUUAAAGGACAGAUACCUCCAGAGCUUGGGAACUUACUAAGCCUUGGAUACUUGAAUCUUUCACAUAAUCUUCUUGAAGGCUCUCUACCACCUCAGCUCUCUAACUGUGUAAACCUUGAGCGUUUUGACGUUGGGUUCAACUCGUUAAACGGUUCUAUUCCUUCAAGCUUCAGUUCCUGGAAAGGCUUGGCCACUUUGGUUCUCAGCGAAAACCGGUUUUCAGGAGGGGUUCCUCUGUUCUUUCCUGAGCUAGUGAAGCUCUCUGAUCUGCAGAUUGGUGGAAAUGUGUUUGGUGGUGAGAUUCCUUCUUCUCUAGGGUUGAUAAAGGAUCUGAGAUAUGGUUUGGACCUAAGCGGAAACGGAUUAACUGGUGAGAUUCCAGACAGGUUGAAGGAUCUUGACAAGCUAACAAGUCUCAACUUAUCUAACAACAACUUGACAGGCUCUUUAUCAGUUCUUGAAGAUCUUGAAUCAUUGCUACACGCUGAUGUCUCCAACAAUCACUUCACAGGUUCAAUACCUCAAAAGUUGAAGGUUCAGUUUAGCUCUGACAGUUCGUCUUUUUCAGGAAACCCUAACCUCUGCAUCCCACGCUCCUUCCCUAUUAGCAACAACAGCGAGUUGCAUCACUGUGAUGAUCAAUCUAGAUACGGCAUAAGUGGAAAGAUCGCCUUUAUAGCAGUAUUCUCCUCUUUAUUCGUCUUGGUUUUGGUUCUUGCUCUUGUUUUCAUUUGCCUACGCCGACACAAAGAAAGACCAAGACCACAGAAAGAAGCCUAUGUCAUUACCGAGACAGGCCCCUCAUUGCUGCUGAGCAAAGUUCUCGCAGCAACUGAUAACCUCAAUGAAAAGUACAUCAUCGGAAGAGGAGCACACGGCGUUGUGUACAGAGCAUCUUUACGCUCAUCAGGCAAAGACUACGCAGUGAAGAGACUCGUCUUCACGUCUCACAACCGUGCGAACCAGAGUAUGAUGAGGGAGAUCGAUACAAUAGGGCAAGUCAGACACAGGAAUCUGAUCAAGUUAGAGGGGGUUUGGCUGAGGAAAGAAGAUGGCUUGAUGCUAUAUAGAUACAUGAGCAAAGGAAGCUUAUACGAUCUUCUUCACGGUGUUAACCCUAAAGAAAACGAGCUAGAGUGGUCUGCACGGUACAAUAUAGCCCUAGGGGUUGCUCAUGGUCUAGCUUAUCUACAUUAUGACUGUCAUCCUCCGAUUAUUCACCGUGACAUUAAACCGGAGAACAUACUCAUGGACUCAGAUUUAGAGCCUCACAUUGGUGAUUUCGGUUUGGCUCGCCUUCUUGAUGGCUCAACGGUCUCAACUGCUACUGUUACAGGUACCACCGGGUACAUUGCACCAGAAAACGCUUUUAAAACAGUAAGGGAAAGAGAAUCAGAUGUUUACAGUUACGGAGUUGUGUUGCUGGAGCUGGUUACUAGGAAGAGAGUGGUGGACAAGUCCUUCCCGGACAGUACUGAUAUAGUCGGCUGGGUGAGAUCUGUGUUGAGCAGCGACAGUGUGGACGACAUGGUGAUGACAGCAAUCGUGGAUCCGAUUCUCGUUGACGAGCUUCUUGAUUCGAAUGUUCGGGAGCAAGUGAUUCAGGUAACGGAGUUAGCACUGAAUUGUACGGAGAAAGAUCCGGCGAAGAGACCGACGAUGAGAGAUGUGGUGAAAGUGUUGUGCAAUGCGCAAGAUCUUGUAAGAUGCUUCUCUGAUAUUCAGUUCGGUAAUGAGACACAAACUGUAUGAAUGUAAUGGUUUACUAGAAAAAAUGUCACUCGGCCCGUAAUGUAAAUAUGGGCCUAACUAAGGCCAAAGUUAUGAGGCUUGUUAUAUGUAACCAUGUUUUGUAAAAUAGAGUUGUUAGAU